AUGCGCUUCUCACAAGUCAUCUCGUCCAUAGCCAUAGCGGCUUCGACCGCUGACGCUGCUCCUCGUGGUUCCAGAUUCUUCCGUUGGUAUGGGAAGAACAGUGGCGCUCGCAACGAGGAUAGCAGCAGUCUAGAGUCUGAGAACCGGGUGCUGGAGCAACUCCGCCACAACUUCCAUCGAGCGAUCAGACAGAAUGGCACCUCCAACUCGACGGUGACAUUGACCACGACACAGACACAGACUGCCACGCUAGAGCUGUCAGUUUCCGAGUUGACGAAACCAACUGCGCUGCCAGCUCAGGAUGGAGGGGAUCUGGUCUGCCCCAGCGGUACGCUCUUUGUCUCGACAACUACGAUCGACGUUACGGUCUAUGUCACCGCGACCCCAACAGACGAGCCUACCGCAUCCCUGACUGCCAGCAGAGAGCCCAACACAGUCGUCGGCCAGAAGUUCGAGGCGGCACCCGUCACUUCGACUCUCACCGUUUCCCUCGCCCAGAACUCGGACACAUCGGCUUCGGCUCCCUCCUCCGCGGGACAAGGAGCUGGCUUGAGUCAAGCGACAGGGACAUCUCCCCCGACUUCAGGCUCUGCCUCGGGUCCAUCCUCCGUCUCCGCUCCCUCCGCUUCCGCUGCCACGGCCAGCCAGAACAUGUCCACUUCUGCUCCUCAGACCUCGUCUGCGCAGGUAUCUACGCCGGAGUCUCUGGUUGCGACGAUGGCGCCAGAGGAGAAUCAGACAAGUUCCACUCUUGCCAACACGUCUGCUACGGAGUCAGCUACAGAGACUCCUGCCGCGGUUGAGACUCCUUCUUCAUCCUCUGUUCUCGUUGAGACACCUUCCGCUGCUGGAACUCCCUCCGCUUCCGCUGCUGUUGAGACGCCUUCUUCCGCUAUCGAAAUACCUUCUUCUUCACCGGCUGAGACUCCUUCGGCCAUCGAAACUCCUUCAGCUAUCGAAACUCCUUCAUCCGCUAUCGAAACUCCUUCAUCCGCCAUCGAGACUCCUUCUCCUGCCAUUGAGACUCCUUCAUCCGCCAUCGAGACUCCUUCUUCAGCCGUUGAGACUCCUUCUCCCGCCAAUAAGUCUCCUUCUUCCACCAUUGAGUCUGCUUCUACAACACCAGUCGAGACUCCUUCUAUCUCGCCCAUUGAGACACCAUCUUCCUCCCCGGAUAUCGAGACUCCUUCCUCGCCCAUUGAAACUAAGGCCACGGAAACUCCCUCUGCGUCACCCGAUUCUGCGUCGCCUUCCACCCCUGUGGUAACCUCCUCCUCGUCUUCUUCUGUUGAGACACCUUGUCCUUCUCCUGAUUUCGGAGCCUCCAUUACAUCUUCUCCCGUUGAAACCUCAUCGGAGCCCCUCGAGACAUCUUCUUCCCGUCCUACUCUUAUCUGGACCCCUUACUCUAUACCGCCAUCGCCUACUCCCGCUGAACGUGCUUCAUAUACCUCUUCGAAGACUUCCAAGUUCCCUACUGCUACUUCAUCAUCCGAUGAUGUCGAUGUCGAGGCACCUACACCAACUCGCAAGCCUGCGCCUCUUAUUGAUAUCGACAUCAACAUCCCCGAACCCUGCAUCGACCUAGACAUGGCCCCUGUCACCUCCUCCAAGCUCACCGAGACACCCACUAUCGCUCUGCCGGCACCAGUCCAGACUGUCGGUGCGGCUGCCCAGACGCCGGGUGCUCCUGAGAAGAGUUCUACCUACUGCGGUGUCAAUGGUAAGCCAGCUGGUGUUUACUUCCUGGCCGAGUUCAUCGAGGAGAGAUCCGGCGUUCCUGUUUCUCAGGAGGGAUGCUACCAGUUCUGUGAUAGCGUCAUGGACUCGACUGAGGGCUGCCAGGCCUACCGAUUCUACCACAACAAGCUGGGCGCCCCUCGCUGCGAACUCUACGGCAUGCCCGUCUCCUGGUCUGUCGACGACCUCGACCAGAACGUCGAGGGCAAGUGGUUCGACCUCUCCUGCGGCUCGCCCACCGUCAAGAAGUGGCAGUCUUCAUGA